ACAAGUUACUGUUCAAUAAUGAAGCAACAAGUUUCAAGGCUGUGCCAGCAAAACAGAGAGAUGUUUCACCUCUCUGAUACUUCUGCACAUCCUUACCUAUGGAGGAAGUUUUUUCUGUCAUCGGUUACUGAUUCACUCAGGGAAGGGCUCCUUUCCAGUUUAGUUUGAAUGCCGGUCCUCUAAUCAGCUGGAGAAAAGGAGUCCCUUAUAUAAGCCAAUGGAAAGGAAAUGCUUCUGUGAUACGGCUCACAUGAAUAGCUAGGACUGAGUGCUGGUUGAUUCCCCAAGUCCAGCUUCUGCAUCUUCUUACCCUGUUUCUUUAGGGCUGUGUUGACUGGGACAAGUAUUUGGGCGGCUUUCCUCUUCUUACUGGUUUUCUUUUUCAAGGCAAUCGGUGAAAGCAAGUGGAAGGCAUGACACCCUCUUCAGACAAAGAGCUCAACGGGCUAGAUAACCCCAGCUUUGUGGGUGAAGAUGGGAGCCACUACUGCUCCUCGCUGGACCAUGCUGUCCGGGGCCCAGAGGAAGGCAGGGACAAGGGUCACGGCAGCAGCAAUCUUGCCUACACCGUCACGGAUGUGCCCCCCUGGUACCUCUGCAUCCUGCUGGGAAUUCAGCAUUUUCUGACAGCCAUGGGAGGUCUCGUAGCCAUCCCGCUGAUCCUCUCCAAAGAGCUUUGCCUCCAGCACGACCUCCUCACCCAGAGCCACCUGAUCAGCACCAUCUUCUUUGUCUCAGGGAUUUGCACCCUGCUGCAAGUCCUCUUUGGAGUCAGGUUGCCUAUUAUUCAAGGAGGGACUUUUGCAUUCCUGACACCCACUCUGGCCAUGCUGUCUCUCCCUAAGUGGAAAUGCCCUGCCUGGACACAGAAUGCCACCCUGGUGAAUGCCUCUUCACCAGAGUUCAUUGAAGUCUGGCAGACACGGAUGCGAGAGGUGCAAGGAGCUAUCAUUGUAGCUUCCUGCUUUCAAAUAUUUGUUGGAUUUUCUGGCCUGAUUGGAUUUCUGAUGAGGUUCAUCGGCCCCCUGACAAUUGCCCCCACCAUCACCUUGGUUGCACUGCCGCUCUUUGACUCGGCUGGAGAUGAGGCUGGGCAGCACUGGGGCAUAGCAUUCAUGACUAUUUCUUUCAUAGUCCUAUUCUCUCAGUACCUGAAAGAUGUCCCUGUGCCACUGCCAUCUUACCAGAGAGGCAAGAGGUGCCACGUCUCUCCAGUCUACCUCUUCCAGAUCUUCCCGGUGCUGCUGGGGCUCUCCCUGAGCUGGCUGCUCUGCUAUGUGCUGACUGUGACCGACGUCCUCCCUGCGGACCCCACCGCCUAUGGCCACCUGGCCCGGACAGACACACGCGGAGAUGUUUUGUCCCAGGCUCCCUGGUUUCGGCUGCCUUAUCCAGGUCAGUGGGGAGUGCCAACCGUCAGCCUGGCCGGGAUAUUUGGCAUCUUAGCCGGAGUGAUUUCCUCCAUGCUGGAGUCCGUGGGAGAUUACUACGCCUGUGCCCGCCUGUCUGGGGCUCCGCCACCGCCAAAGCAUGCCAUCAGCCGUGGGAUAGGUGUGGAAGGCAUUGGCUGCCUCCUGGCCGGGGCCUGGGGGACAGGGAAUGGCACCACGUCAUACAGCGAGAAUGUGGGCGCCUUGGGCAUCACCAAGGUAGGGAGUCGAAUGGUGAUCAUUGCUGGUGCCUGUGCCAUGCUCCUGAGCGGCAUCUUUGGGAAAGUAGGGGCAAUGCUUGCCAGCAUACCCACCCCCGUGAUCGGAGGCAUGUUCCUGGUGAUGUUCGGCGUUAUUACGGCAGUGGGCAUUUCCAAUUUGCAGUACACAGAUAUGAACUCCUCCAGAAAUAUCUUUAUCUUUGGAUUUUCUGUAUUUGCUGGCCUCACAGUUCCCAACUGGGCAAGCAAAAAUAGCGCACUGCUGGAAACAGGAAUCAUCCAGCUGGAUCAGGUGAUCCAGGUGCUUCUCACCACUGGCAUGUUUGUGGGUGGACUCCUGGGGUUUAUCCUCGAUAACACCAUUCCAGGAACACAGGAGGAGCGGGGUCUCCGGGCAUGGAAGAACAGCCACAAGGGAGAGGUGGACAACUCUCGGCUCAUUUCCAAGGUCUAUGACCUUCCAUUUGGCAUAGGCACCACAUAUUGUGCUGUCUCUUGGUUUCGCUAUCUCCCUGCUUGCCCCAAAAGACUAUCUGGUGGCAAGAAAAUGGAUGAACUGAAGGCUGCCGGACAGGAAAGCAAUGUUAAAGCAAGUUCAGAAAAAGACUCUGAGAUAGGUGCUGAUACAAGGAUAUAAGCACCUGGCCUUCGUGCGAACUCAUCUCAGAAGCAGGGACCUGAGAAGUGUGUCUGCAGCCCCCACCAACUGAACAUGAGCUGGUAGCUGUUAGAGGCUGUAGCAGGAGAACGAUAAUGUCUUUCUCUCCCCAGCUCUGCCCCCCUGCACCACCGGUGACCUUGAGGGAGUAGUUUUUCUCCUCUCUGCUCCUGCUUGCCGACCUCUAGGAAGAACAUACUCCCUAUUUGUGGAACACCAAAGUCCAAGAAAUGCCUGGGAAAGGCGUUCAGUUUCCUUCCUUGCACUGAGCCUUACAGACCCCAAGGAGGAGCUCUUCAGCUAAAGCAGAGUUCUUCCUGCCCCCUGUCCUAGCUGCUCAAGGGGCCGCAGGAGAAGGCAUCCCUGAUGUAGUCCCUAUACCACUCUCAGGCAUCCCUUGGGCUGAGGUUUAUCCCCAUCAACUCAAACAUCUCUAAUGGCAACGUUCGCCUCUCAGUGUGUGAUUUACACCUCAUCCUGGCUAAAAAGGCACAUCGAGGUUGUAAUUCUUCUCAUUCUGUAUUCCCAUAACUUAAAGUCAGUCAAAGGAAGGUUGUUCUAAGAGAGGCAUCUAAUUAACAGGAUGGAUUGUCUUCUACCCUGUGAAAGUGCCUCUCCCACCUUAGGCCACAGAAGGGAACUUGGAGACCUUACUUAGAUUCUUGACCUAACAGAGAAACCCAGCCUCACUGAAAUUAGUCUCACCUGGGGUGCCAGCUUCCCCAGGGCACCAAACCCUACAAAGAUGAAGGAAUAAUCAUCAAAACUGAAGGAGAAAACUCCCCUGCUCACAGUCUGAUGCAUCCUUGGUACUGCUAUGUCCUUCAUCUCCCCCACUGUACCUGCUUGAUCUAGUGUGGUGAUUGUGUGGUGACAAUCGCAUCUCUGGAAAACAGCUUGCAGAUUCUUGUUCCUUUCCAUUAUCAGCAGAAACAGCCUUAACCUAUAAGGCCACAUAUAAUGUGAUUGCAUGUGGUGCUGGCUGCCCAUGGUGUGUAAUAACAUUGUUGCUGUAGCACAAGCUUUUGUGUUUCCUGCAUUGAGAUUUAUAUUUAGAUGGGGGGGAAAAAUAAAUAAAAAGUGCAGAGCAAUUAUAUUUCUCAUGGUGAUUACCACAGUGAGUGGCAGGUAGUAUGCAGAGGAUCACAGAGUAAUUCAGUUGGAAGGAACCUCUGGAGGUCAUCUGGGCCAGCCCCAGCUCAGAGCUGGUCCUAUCAGACCAGGUUGCAGUGGUCUUUGUCCAGCUGAGCUGUGGAUGGAGCCGUAGCUUCUUUGGACAGCCUGUUCCAAUGUCUGGCCAUCCUCACAGUGAAAGCAUUUUCCCUCCCAUCUAACUGGAAUUUCUAACGCAUCACCUUGUGUCUGUGUCCUCUUGCCCUGUCACUGUUCCCCUCUUUGAGAGAAGUCUGACCGCAUCUUCUCAGCACCUUGGGUACACCAGAAGGCUGUGAUACGAUGCCCCCCCUUCCCCUUUCGUUUCAAGACUGAACAAAACCUGUGUGGUUUCAAUGAAAAGCGUUUAUCCCUCAUGCCUGUUACAGUCCUGUUCUUUAGUCCCACACCAUGCAGCUGUAGCGUUAUGUGGCUUGGUUUUAUUGGUUAGGGGCGUCCUGGUAUCUUAGAUCAAUUCUGUGAAUGUUGAGGCCCUAAAGGAGGAAACAAUAUUGUAUAAAUUGCCAUUUCUGGCAAGCUGAGGUGCCUCCACUGAAGAUUGUGGGGUUUAUGUCUUUGGGAGAAAAAAAAUGAUUUGCACGUAUCUGUAUACAUGCCCCCCCCCCUCACACAUUUUUACAGCGAUGAGUAGUCCCAAGUAUCUCAGCUCUGGUAUUGUCUUCAUCCUUCACAACCUCGACUACAUUUCUAAGCUCAUUUAGAGCCAGCCUGUGCUCCAAGGGGAUCUAGCAAACAAACGUGUGGUCUUACUCAUCAUCACUCUCAGAUUUACUUGUGUUGUAGCACGUGUGUGAAGGGGAGUUGUUAUUCUACUGCACACUGUUCUCACGUCCUGCACUGAAACUGCCAGACUGCUGCUGCCCAGACACACUGCGCGCUGGAGGAAUGGUUAAGAUGAGAACAGGAUACACAGCUAAUGAAUGAGGUACGCAAGCAACACCAAGGGGCCCAAACCAGCUUUACUACAUAGCCUUCAGAUGGUCCAUCUUCUGUAUGAGGCUUUCUCCUUUUGGUGCUAAAGUUGGGAUCACCACAUGGAAAAAGAAAGGUGAGAAGCACAAAUGGAGAACCCUCAGUAAUUUCACUGGCUCUGUGUCAGCUCUGUGGAGGCUGCAGCCCUAUCUUUUUAAUUCUCCUUGUAAGACACAUUAGGAUGCUGGCGAGUGCCAGAGGUACAUAUUUGCCUUAGACCUGUUUAAAAAAAAUUAUAUUGGCACAGGUUUCCUAUAAAAAUUAGUCUUUAAUUGGCUUUUUGUUCCCUGCCCCAAUGAUGGAUAAUAUUGCUCAUCUGUUAUGUCGCCCUCCCGCAAACCCAGCUUGCCACUGUGUCUUGUGUUUGGCUCGCAAGCUCCCUGAAGUAGAGCUGAGCAUGACUACAGCUCAUGGCAUGAGGGCCCAGAAUCCUCAAUGGAGGCUCACCCUGGCACAUCCUAUGCCCCAGGAGUUACAGGCAGUGGGAGGGGCAGGGGGCAUGCUGGUCAGGGGCAUCUGGCUUUGCUAUCGCUAAGGCUUAGAGGCAGCUUUUAGAAGAUGUUUACACUCCUGUUUCAAGCUCAGGCUCCUAAAUGUCCUUUAAAAUUCCCCCUUUGGCAUGUUUGAUACAUAUUUAUAAAAUAUCCUUUUAUUUGCCUCAGGAGGACAUUUCCAAGUUUUAAAAUGAAGUAGGCAGAGGAUAGGCUACAGAGGCCACCACUCCUCAGCUGUAUGUGGCCACUUGAGAUUUGGAAACAGCUUAAGCUUUGCGUCACAGCGACACAGCUUCUGUUUACUUGCUACUUAAUGAAAAUAAAUGAAAAUCAGAGGAUCCUCAAGUGUAAAACUGAACACUUGAGGGCUAUUCUGGGUUGCCUGGAGAACAGCCAGCUACCUGUCAACUGUAUUACCCUUUGUGCUACUGUCGAGUCCUGAGUGCAGCAAGACUUAACUGGUAUCAAGCAGGUGUGAGGUCACUCUGCUUGCAGCUUUGCAGAGAAGUAGGCAGCUAAUUGGGAA